CAUCAACAAAUUGGAUACCAGGCACAACAUAGCACUCGUCCCGGAACACGGCCCCGCUCUCGUCCGGAUCGGCAUCGGCUGUGACGGAGGGAAAUGUAUGGUGCCCCAGUCCUUGGGACACACCUGUCCGGAUGCUACUCCAUCAUUGCCCGUGGUUCACCCUGUCGAUCGUCGAACUCCAACGCGGUCACCAAUACACACCAGAAACUUACAUUCGGGAAUAUGAGAAAGAAAUGUCGAUAAGUACCUGUUUUUCCCCUCCAAUUGGCAACCAAUCUCUGAUUAUUACAGAAUGCCUGCAUUGUGACUAUACGAGUCGAAAGCGGUUCUCGUGGCUCAUGACCGCACUGUGGCGGUGUGGCUUUGCCCCCCCCCCCAACUUGCGAUAUCGUGCAGGGGUGGGUCCCAAUACAGGCUCAUCGCAGCUCUCUCCAUCGACUUCGACGCUGGAUUCGAAUUCGCAUCGCGUUGAGAGGAUUUAUGAUGUCGACUGACGAGCUACCAGCGGAACUAUGGCUGCUCGUCAACAGCUACCUCUCUCAGUCCGAUAGGGCACGCCUGGUACGGGUCAACCACAGAUUCCACGACAUCCUCAAUCGCAAUUUGUAUCUCCAAAGUAUACGGGACGACGCGUCGGACUGCGUCACUUACGCCUCGAAGACUGGUAAUCUCGACACUCUCAAACGCGCCCAUCUCUUCGGCGCGGAUAUUGCCAAGGCAUAUCCCGUGGCACCACUACCAUGGGGUCCCAAGGGCGACGAAAAUCUGGACAGGAUGACGACCUGGGGCACCCCGCUGUACCAGGCUACCGCAGGAGGCCGCUAUGAGAUGGUCAAGUGGCUUCUAGAUCAGAACGUCGAUGUCGAUGGCCCCGGGAGAAGCCUAUGCUGUUGCAUGCCAGUCGGGAAGAUGGCAAGGGGCCGGUCCUUCCCCUCCAUCUGUCGCCCUGCCCGCACAUCUUUACAUGUGGCCUUGUGCCAGCGACACAGCUCCGUCGCUCGCCUUCUGCUUUCCGCCGGAGCAUCUCUGACAACUCAGUUGCAGGGUGAGUACGCCAUGAGAAAGUCCCCUUUCUGGGAUCCGGAAGCGGGCGCGGAAACGUGCCCAUUCGUCCCACUGCCCGCCAGAGAGGCGAGGCUCUGGGCAAUAGAUGCCCUGGAAAGUUCCAGGCCGCAUAACGCCCUGCACGAUGCGGCUCGUGCUGGGAACUUGGAGGUGAUGAGCGAUCUCGUCAAGAACUGGGGCCUCUCGGUAGACAGUCCUGACAACAGAGGCGCCACGCCGAUUCAAUACGCCUGCGAGUAUCGUCCCUCCGAGCGCAAUGUACACACGGAGAGAGAAGUUGUGUCGCAUUUGCUCAGCCUCGGGGCCGAUGUGGAGGUAUGCUUCCAUCAUGGAAACUCAUUAUUGACGCUGGCACUCGAUUUGGCCAUCGCCCAGGGUCAUAUCGAGGCCGCCAAGCAGCGUAUGACGGUGGAAGACAGCCUUUGGACCGCUUCUGCAGAUAACGGCCCCAAAAUAUCACUGCUAAAGCUGUUGUUGCCAGUGUUAACUGAUACAACCGAGUCCGACUGUAAUUCGGUUCUUGACUCGUUCGCUCAAGUCAUCGCGGACUUCAUCCGGGAGACCCAACGGACGCAUCGGCCGGAAUAUGCCCCGCUUGUAGGAGAACUUCAGUCGACGUUUUUCCUCAUCUGCGAGGUCUCCUGUGGCGUCGACCGCGACUGUACGGAUAUUCUUCGCCCUUUGAUAGACGUAUUGGAUUUCGGAGAUAAAGUGACUUUCGAGCAGGAUUGCCCCUUCUUGAAGUUCAUCAGAUGGGGCUUUGCGGAGCGGAACGGCUUAUGGCGCGCAACUUGUCCCCUUACUAUGCCUCCCGACAAAGAGCAGGACCGUUUAUCGGGCUCUUCUCUCGGCAUGCUCGCUCUCUGUGGCACGAUUGAUGCGAUGGACUGGGACUAUCAGGGGCGGGCCCUGACGACCUUAAAGUGGCUGAUGACCCAGGGCGCGAACCCGAUCGGCAUGCGUGACACCGACCCGGACCCGUCUCUCACCCCCUUCGUCUACCUGAUGAAGAAGAUCAUGGUGGGCCAUCUGCGAGAACUGGAGCCGCUGCCCUCUGCGUUGGGCUCAAUCGGCCCCUUUGCCCGUCUUCUUGUGCAAAAGGGAGCGUGGUUCCCGUUCGGGGAGGGUGGUCUCGGAGGGGUUGCUCGAGUGUACGAGGCGUGGGAGAUGUGUGUCCGUGAUUUACAUGAGAGGCCGGAAACCGCGCCAGAAUGGGCUUUCGCCAUUCGCGAUGCAUUUGAUUACUGGUCUGACAGGCUCAAGGUUGAGGAGGUCCUGAGGCAGCACGGGCUUAUCGAUGAAGGUACUUAUGUCGAAGAGGAGGAUGGCGACUAUGAGGAGAGUAAAGUGUGGGAUGAGGAAACCGAAGAGGAGACCGAAGAGGAGGCCCUUCAAAGUGGCAUGGAGGAGGGUGAAGUGAAGGAUACAGAGGAGCACAAGGUUGAGCAUGGAUUUGAGUCUACGCUUGAGCUUGAGACCGAAGUCGAGGAACUGGAGGAUGGCGAGCUUGAUGCAUUGUCGGAUUCGGAGGUAGAAUAUGGAGAUCAUAUGACCAGGAUGAGUGGGACGUUGAGGGAAGGGUGUGGGGGAGGUUGGAGAAGAGGUUAUUGAGAUUGAGGUGAUAAUGAAAAUGGGCCUCGAGGCUCUCGGAGCUCUACGGGCGUGGAUUUGAGCUUGACGGAGGCUGUGGCCACGAGCACCCCAUCUCAACGGCUUGAGUAGAGGCAGAAGUGAGAUGUACGAACAAGUUGAAGACGACACCCAGAUAUACAGGGCUCUGGAAGUUGAGUUCCUCGGGAAUGUGAUGAGAUAUAUUUCAUAGUAAAAGAAAGCA